UUAAAAGCUUACUUUUAAAAAGGUAUUCUGGCGUUGCAUGGGCUAGCAAGGCCGACUUCGAACACCAACACAUCAACCUCAUCACCUCAUGGCCAGGCUCUGGUUGCGAGGAGGGUAAGACUCCAAGUGAAGUCUACUACGAGGAUGGCAAGAUCACAUGUGGAUUCGAGAUCGAUGGUGACACCGAUCCAAUCAAGUGGUUCAAGCUCCUUCUCUUGAAAGAAGAAGAUCUACCCACUGAGCUAAAGUCUUCCGAGUUCAUCUUACGCGCUCGCAAAAUGAUGCGUGAGAAUGAUAAAACCGCCAUACAGGUGAUCUCUGACUACCUUCGGAUGAUAUGGAAGCACACACUGCAGACUAUCAUGAGGGAUCGCGGAUCAGCCGUUGAAGCCUUGCAGUUUCAUGUUGUCAUUACUGUUCCAGCCAUCUGGAAGGACUAUGCAAGGCAGUAUAUGACUGAGGCAGCCAAGAAGGCGGGGAUACUAAAUUUUCGUACCGCUGGGAAAACAAGACUGACGUUUGCUCCUGAACCGGAGGCUACUGCCCUGUCGACUCUCUCUGAGCCUGGGCAUCGGGAUGCUGGUGGCGGUACAGUUGACUUAAUCUCUUACAAGAUUGCCUCAGUGGGUCCAAUUUCUCUAGAAGAGGCAGUUGAGGGGAGUGGUGGACUUUGUGGUGGUAUCUUCAUUGACCAAUACUUCGAGGUCAUCAUCAAGAACCGACUCGGCCGGCAGUGGGACAGAUUGAGUAGAGUAGGCUCCAAGGAACUACUAAGAGGAGAGUGGGAACUUUCCAUCAAGCCGCAGUUCAAACCAACCAGCUCUGACAAGGAGUACUUGGUGUCUGUCCCUGCAGAGGCUUUUGACAAGGGAAAGGGCCUUACAGACAUGUCAAAGGAGCCUCAUAUUAAGAAUGGCCGCAUUCACUUCAACGAAUCCCACAUCAAGAAGGCCUUUCUGAAGGUCUUUGCCCAAAUCGAUAUCCCCAUCGAUGCUCAAGUUCGCAAGGCAAAGGAGAAGGGCCAGAGCCUAACUGCUCAAGCCCGUAUCUCCUUACCAUCACUUAAAGCCUUCUCAUCCAGUACCUUCUGCAACUCACCCCAAGUCUUUGUAGGCAUCGUUAUUGAUGAGAAACACGACCACGUUGAGGUUAUGCUUGAUCAUGGUUGA